AUGGAGCUGCUGUCGCCGCCGCUCCGAGACGUAGACUUGACUGGCCCCGACGGCUCCCUCUGCAACUUUGGCUCCGCGGACGAUUUCUAUGAUGACCCGUGUUUCGACUCCUCCGACCUGCGAUUCUUCGAGGACCUGGACCCGCGCCUCGUGCACGUGGGCGCGCUCCUGAAGCCCGAGGAACACUCGCACUUCCCUGCGGCCGUGCACCCGGCGCCAGGCGCGCGCGAGGACGAGCAUGUGCGCGCUCCCAGUGGGCACCACCAGGCUGGCCGCUGUCUGCUGUGGGCCUGCAAAGCGUGCAAGCGCAAGACCACGAACGCCGACCGCCGCAAGGCCGCCACCAUGCGCGAGCGGCGCCGCCUGAGCAAAGUCAACGAGGCUUUCGAGACGCUCAAGCGCUGCACGUCCAGCAACCCGAACCAGCGGCUGCCCAAGGUGGAGAUCCUGCGCAAUGCGAUUCGCUACAUCGAAGGCCUGCAGGCGCUGCUGCGCGACCAGGACGCCGCGCCCCCUGGUGCCGCCGCUGCCUUCUACGCGCCUGGCCCGCUGCCCCCAGGCCGAGGCGGCGAACACUACAGCGGCGACUCAGACGCGUCCAGCCCGCGCUCCAACUGCUCCGACGGCAUGAUGGACUACAGCGGCCCCCCGAGUGGUUCCCGGCGGCGGAACUGCUACGAUGGCACCUACUACAGCGAGGGGCCCAGCGAACCCAGGCCCGGGAAGAGUUCUGCGGUGUCGAGCCUCGACUGCCUGUCCAGCAUCGUGGAGCGCAUCUCCACCGAGAGCCCCACCGCGCCCGCGCUUCUGCUGGCGGAUGCACCGCCGGAGUCGUCUCCCGGCCCACAAGAGGAGGCGGCCCAGAGCGAGGUCGAGCACGGCGCCCCGACCCCUUCCCCAGACGCCGCCCCGCAGUGCCCAGCGGGCGCAAACCCCAACCCGAUCUACCAGGUGCUCUGA